CCACCCGGACCACCUGGACCACCAGGACCACCAGGACCCAACGGAAACCCCGGAGGCCCAGGAAACCCAGGAAAUCCUGGCGGUCAAGGUCCUCCCGGAGACAACGGAAACGCUGGAGCACCUGGACAGCCCGGAGCUCCAGGAGAGAGAGGACAGGACGGCGACAGCGGCGCUACUGGAAGCUGCGACCACUGCCCUACUCCUCGCACUGCACCUGGAUAUUAG